AUGCUGCGCGUUCACAAUAAUGUGCUCAUUCGUACGGUCUCGUCGAUUCCUGUGCUGAUGGUGGCGGCUAUUGCGAGUCUAGAGUAUUUUGUAUUCAUGACAGAGCAUUGGCUUCCUAAAAUUCAGCGGUCUGUGGGGUUUUAUGUGCUACUACGAAUAUUGGAAGCUGCGAUAUUCCACUUUGUAUUUGGAUGUAUGAUGGUUGCCUACUAUAAGGUCGUGUUCACAGACCCUGGAUAUGUCACGCCUCUGGUGGUGCAAUAUAUUCAAGAUGCCACUCAAGAUGCGAUGGAAGAAGGAGGUAUCAAGAGACAGCCGAUCAUGGACUUGUGCCGACGAUGCAAUCUGCUCAAACCUUUCCGAGCGCAUCAUUGCCGCUUUUGCGAUCGCUGUGUGUUGAGAAUGGAUCACCAUUGUCCAUGGGUCGCUAACUGCGUCGGUGAAGGCAACUACAAGUUUUUCUUCCAUUUCAUCAUGUACGCGUUUUUCAUCUUGUCGAUGUGCGUGAGGGCACUAGCAGGGCCAUUUCUAGCUGCAUUUUUCAGUGAGAAUGCACCACGCGUCGCUGCCGAAUUCUCUGUUAUAGCUGUCGUCGGUUUUGUGCUAGGCGGUGCGCUGGCAAUCAGCUUGCUGGUCUUAAUAGCAUUUCAUUUGUAUCUCCUGUUUCACGGUGCUACUACUAUUGAAUUUCACCAAUACGGCCGUGCGUUCCCAUUCAACCAGGGAUGGCGAAAGAAUGUUCAUGCUGUGCUUGGAAACACGACAAAAGACUUGCUGCUGCCAACGACGCCUGCCCGAAAGCAGCAUUUUAUCUUGCAGCCUGGAGAGCUAAAGCGCCUAACUGCUGACAGCUGCUUAUGGGACUUCAAUGACUACGAAGAUGAUAGUUUGCUGUAG